CUCUGAGUGAAAAUUUUGUCUCUUUUGGAUCUGUCCUGCGCACUGCAACGUGCUCAAAUAGGGAGCAUCCUGGUAUGCAUAACAAUACAGCCCACUAUGGUUGCUGGAUUGGACGUUGACGCAGAUGUGUUUGUGGAUUUAUGGCGGAGAGUAAAAGGCCUAUUUGGAUCUUCACCACAGGAGGAAUGUACGCUGCAGGGAGAGUGUGAUAAUGUUGACAGCGUCACAGAACGUUGGAGACUGCUCACUCAAUACCAAGCAGAUAUACCACACUGCUCGCUAAGUUGCAUCUACGACCUGGUGCUGGAGUAUGAUUGUUCUCACACCGACUUUGCCUGCAUCUGUACCAGGCUUGAGGUGAUCAGUCAGGAUGUGAAAUUCAGAUCCUGCUAUGACCGGUGUCCUAUCAAUCCUGAUCAGCGAUGGACGCCGGGACGGUUGCUUGAUUUCUGCGACUUAGUAGGGGUUCAGCCAGCCCUUCCGGACUACAUGAGCCAAUACACUGAAUUACAUAGGAGGCAACCGGUCGAAGGAAGGGCUUUCUCCUGGGAGUCGGGGGCGACUGGGCGGGUGAGCGCCCUUACAGUGUCUGGUACUGGAACUGCGAUCUACGCCUCGACUUCAGAUGCAGAGGUUUUCUCCACGAUGACAAUUACACCUUCCUGGGUCGGCGCCACACAAACAGUUCUAAUAACCAAAACAGCGACAGGCUUCUCCCCAAGUCAGACCUCCAGUGUUGAACGGGUGGAUCCGAACCUCCAAUCAACCGGUCUCUCAACGGGAGCAAAAGCUGGGAUUGGGGUAGCGAUACCCUUGGCAGUGAUUUGCAUAGCUUCUAUCCUGCUAUGGUACAUACGGCGCAAAAAGAGGAAUGGGGGAGACGGCGAGGGACACGAUGGAACCCAACUGCCGACAACUGUAUCGCCAACUUCGCCCGUCGUCAAUAAUUUACCUUUCGAGAAAGACGGAAACGCUAUUAGUGAAUUAGAUGGCCAGCAGAAAUCGGAGGCUGACGCGAAGACCAAGACACCCAUUUUCGAGCUGGAUGCGAACCUGACCAGUCCUGAAAAGGACUCAGGAGAGCAAAAACAAGUGGUUAUUCACUGACGGCUGUCGAACCCUUCCUACGGCCUUGGACUAUCAGGAAGAGAUGAGCGGAUCAGCGAAUAUGUCUGCGUUCGAUAUCCCAGUAGAUUCCCACGAAGGAAUUCUGUCUCAGGCCUACGAAUGAAGAAAUGUCACUUGUGAAUCUAGGAGAAGAAUUAGCUCGUGUAGCAAGAAGAAAAGAAAGACUUCAGCAUU